CCUCCGUCUUCGCACCACUCCCUUCUCCCACCUCCUUCUCCCCGACUUCUGCCCCUCCUCCUCUCGCCACCGAACCUUCUCCUACUCCCCCGCAUUCCUCCUCCUUCUCCACACCUUCCGCCUUCUCCCCUCCGUCCUUCUCUCCCCUCCUCCUCUCUCCACCAGCCUCCCUCUACCCUCCUACAUUCCCACCCACCAGUUCUCCCCUAA